UACUCAUCAGUUCCAGUUCCAGUUCGGUUCAGCAAAAAUUGUGCAAAUAAAUUGCGGAAAGACGAAUUGUUUAUGUGGGAAUCGGCAGCGAAAAGCGAAGCGGCGGCAGCAAGACGACGGCACCAACAACUAAAGUGAAUGAAGUGAGCAUUGCCACUCCCACGCACACCACCGUGCAGUCUGUGUGUGCGAACGGCGAACUGCGAGUUGCGAAGUGCGAAUUCCGUACUUCGGAUUCCUCACCCGCCCCCGCCUCUGCCCCCGCCCUGCACGAAGCACUUGGAAAACCAACACCUGUCCUUUUAGUGCAAGAGGAAUCCCUGCCAGCUGGUGCAGCCAUUUGCGAAGGACCUCCAAGGAGCAGGACACGGUGGAAAGCGCCGAACACUGAAGCGGGUCUUCAGUAAAACGAGAGAGAGAGAGAGAGAGUGUGUGCCAUAAGUCCGCUUGGCAGGAGUCACAGACUAGCCACCUGACCACUUGACCACCUGACCUGACCACCUGGAUGCCCGGCUUUCACCUCAAUGAGAUGGGUGAAAUGGUCCUGGACGCCAUCGACGACAUCGGCGUGGUCGAUGUGUACGACUUGGCAUCGGACAUUGGCAAGGAGUACGAGCGGAUCAUGGAUCGCUUCGGCACGGACGCAGUCAGCGGGCUGAUGCCCAAGAUCAUCAACACCCUGGAGCUGCUGGAGGCGCUGGCCACAAAGAACGAGCGCGAGAACGCCACCAUCCAGGAGCUGCGCGACAAGGUGGCCCAGCUGGAGAGCGAGAAGCUGGAGAAGGCCGAGUUCCGGCGGCGCUUCGACAAGGAGCUGGAGCUGAUUGAGGAGCAGUGGCGCAGCGAGACCAACGAGCUGGUCGAUCUCGUCUCCUCGCUGCAGGACGAGAACAAGCGGCUGGUGAAGCAGACGCAGGACCUGCAGUCCUCCUCUGCUCAGAGCUCCGGCCUGGGCGCCAGUCUCACCGAGAGCAUUAUCAGCAUGACCAACCACGAGCUCCACGGCGCCCUCUCCGAUACCCAAGUGCUGCAACGGCUCAAGGAGCAGAUAUACAAGCAGCGCGACGAGUUGAAGCACCGCGAGCGGGAGCUGCAGGACAAGUACAGCGAGCUGGAGCACCUCAAUAUCCAGGCGGAGCGGCUGAAGGCCUCGGAGCGGGACACCAGGCGCCGCCACAAGCUGAUGCAGGCCCAGGUGAAGACGCUCUGCGAGGAGCGCGCCGACUUUCUGGCCCAGCUGCAGGACCAGAGCCGCGAGAUCAACCAAUUGCGCAAGCGAUUGGGGCUGGCCGAAAAGGAGAACGAGGACUUGGUGGCCUCGUACGACGAUGGCCAGAACGAUCCCAACCGGCCGCGGUACACCACGCGCGAGCUGAAAGAGUUGAUUAGCGAGCGGGAUGAGCUGCUGACCACCAUCGAUACCCUCAACGAGCAGCUGGCGGAGCUGAAGCCGCCCAGCCAGGCGAAGGGCAAGCGGCAGCGCCACUUCUCCAGCUCCGAUGACAGCGAUGAGGAAGACGAUGGUCACGUGGCGGACAACGACGACGACGACGACGAGGAGGAGGAGGCAGCCGAGGCAAACGAGCUGGAGCCACCAGCUGCCGGAGAAACGCCACCUGGACACGAUGCGCCCGUGCAGGGACCUUUGCCCUACGAGCCGGACGAUGCGCCCUGGAAGAAAAGCUCCGAGUCGGGAAUACGCAAAUUCUUUCGGAAGCUGUUCUCGGACCCGUCGGACGGCAGCAACACGUUCCCGAAACGUUCCUUGGCCACGCUCUCCAAGAUGGCGCUGUCGGCCACGCCCGGUUCCGUUUCCGCCUCCGCAGCGGCGAAGUAAGCGCCCCUUAAAGCAUCCGAGUUGGCGUGCAUUUCACUUUUCGUUUGUUUUCUGUUUUUCCGUUUCAAUUUCCGUUUCCGUUCCAUUCCGUUCCGUUUGCACUGCCCCGCACCCCUGCAUCUUGCAUCCUAAUUUAUUAUUUAUUUUUUACAUCUUACAAUUACGAUUACGUUUACGUUUAGUCUAGGCAAGAGCCUGUAUCUGACCCUGUCCCUCGCCAUUCACCUGCUCCGCCUGAGCUGUACAUACAUAGUUUACACACUCGAUUGCUGUGCUCUCGUAAUUCUAAGUUGUUAUGCGAUUUUGUUUACGUAAUACGCGUUUUUUUCGUAACUCGUAACUCGUAACCCCUAACUGUACUGGAUAUAUUUAAUACGAAUCCACUUUGUAUUUUUUUGUACCUUCGAUUUAUUCUAACUUGAUUAACGACUACCACAUAAGACACAUAAAACAUACACAUCCCCUACAUGUGCAAGUGUUCCAAAGAACAAGAACAAAACGAGAACGAGAACGAGAUUGAGAUUGAGAUCGAGAUUGCCGAGUGAGUUUUUAAUGAAUUUAGACAAACGACAAGCAGACAAAUGACAAACACAAGCUGAGAAAGACAAACAGUCCUCCCAGGAAAGCGAUUCGGUUAGGAGGACUCUGGUUCUGGGACCCCAGAUUUUAGAAAGUCAAUGAAGAACGGGAAGAUUUUGCUUCAAUUAUCCGUAGUGUAACUCUAUCCCCAAGACCCCACAUCUAUCUUGCUCCUCGGCUAUCGCCAACCCGUAUGAGUAUUUUAGCAUUCUCAUAGCAGUUGCCCCAAGCGGCCUUAUAAAUAUAUUACAAAUUUAUCAAAAUACGCAAACCUAGAGCGAAAAAGAAAAUGAAAACCUAAAAGUAUAUAUAAUUGAUAUAUAAUUAGCAAACGUUACAACCUUAGCGCAUUGUUUGUUGACUUGAAUUGAACUAACUAACGAAACCAAUCUCAGCAUAGUAGAUUCCAUUGAUCGAUUCGAUUCGAUUCGAUUCGAUUAGAUUGAUUAGAUUACAUUGCACAAAGAUGCCAAAAAGCGAAAAUCUCCGCGUAAGCCCAUUGCCCAUUGCCCAAUGCCGGCCAGUCUGAAUCAAGGAAUGUUUUAGCUAAGAGUUUUACCAUAGACUUAGCCACUGACCAGCUCGAAUUGUUGUUACCCUGUCCAGGCGCCUUCGCCCAGAGACCCCACUCCACUUCAAGCCCAGUGCUCUCGAGGAGAUCUCAGCCUGAUCCUCGAGCGAAGCUAUUAUCCAUGUUGAUUUGGACCCCCUUUCCCUUCCACUCACCAAGCACAAACCGGUUACAUAUCAGCUCCAUCGCCAUCGUCGAUGCGAACGUGCCAAAGACUAAUGGUCAGACCCUGUCCCCUCAACUCCCACUCCCACUCCCCGCACCGCACCGCACACCCAACACCCCACGACGCCCACUCCACACAUACCAAUCUCAAUUAACCCAUCUCGUUUUGAACACCACACCAACAAAAAGAGUGGCAACUGAACUUUUAUAAAUCUGAACACGAGCGUAAUGGAGUCGCCAUGAAAAUGGGCUAACAAAGAGUGUCGAGUUGGGUGAAGACCACGAGGAAGAUGGAGAGAGACAUUGAGUAUUUGGUGAAUUAAUGUUAACUAAAUUUAUAUACACAUAUACACAUGCAUUAUACAUAAUAUACUUUACUAUAUACUAUGUAAUACCGUAUUAUAUGGAACUAUGACUAACCAAAAGACAACAAGGCAACAAUUAUACAAAAUUAAAAGCGUACCAGGGUGGCACUUGGACCAUGGACCGCAGGAGCGACCACAGCGAGGAUCGGAUCGCAUCGGAUCGGAUCGGAUCGGUUCGGAUCGGAUUGGAUCGCAUCAUAGUGCAUCGAGGCCUCCGCAUCCGGGUAUCAUCCUGUCCAGCACCCCUGUACGUACAUCAAAUUUAUGAGUGGCUCCCUUUGAGCGCCCACCAAAAUAAAACUUAUGAACCAUGGAA